ACCUUACUUGCGUUUCAGCAAACUCUCAUACUCACUUUCAUGGUCGAUCACUCUCUCAUUUCCAUUUCUCAUUAGCUCUUUCUUCCUCCAUUUUCGUCUCUAAUUCUGUGGAUUGAGAUGGCGUCUAACGGUAACGGUAACGGGGAGUUCAGCUUCAACAACGGACCGGCGGCAGUGGCGAACGGGAACGGGACGGCGAGGAACGGACUGGCGAAGAUUCAGACGAAGAAGAGCGGGAAUGGGAUGUGCCACGACGACAGCUCGGCGCCGGUGAAGGCUCAGACGAUCGACCAGCUUCAUUCUCUGCAGAAGAAGAAGUCGGCACCGACGACGCCGAUCAAGGGCACUCAGGGCGCCUUUGCUGUCGCUCUCUCCGAAGAGGAGCGCCAGAAGCAGCAGCUCCAGUCCAUCAGUAACUCUCUGGCGUCGCUGACGAGAGAGACUGGACCAAAGGUUGUGAGAGGAGACCCGGCGAACCAGUCUGAGACGCCGAAGGUGUCAUCACACGUGGAGCACCACCAUCAUUUCACUCCCACCAUCAGCGUCAGUGACAGUGCCCUCAAGUUCACUCAUGUCCUCUACAACCUCUCUCCUGCUGAGCUAUAUGAGCAGGCGAUAAAAUACGAAAAGGGAUCGUUCAUAACGUCAACAGGCGCAUUAGCAACACUUUCUGGAGCCAAGACCGGUCGGUCUCCAAGAGAUAAGCGCGUUGUCAAGGAUGAGACUACAGAGAACGAGCUCUGGUGGGGAAGGGGUUCACCAAACAUUGAAAUGGACGAGCACACUUUCAUGGUCAACAGGGAAAGAGCUGUGGAUUACUUGAACUCUUUGGACAAGGUGUUUGUAAAUGAUCAGUUCUUGAACUGGGAUCCAGAAAACAGAAUUAAAGUGCGGAUUGUCUCUGCCAGGGCUUAUCAUUCUUUGUUCAUGCACAACAUGUGUAUCCGACCCAGUCCUGAAGAGCUGGAGAAUUUUGGUACUCCGGACUUCACUAUUUACAAUGCUGGUCAGUUCCCGUGUAAUCGUUACACCCACUACAUGACAUCCUCCACUAGCAUAGAUCUUAAUCUUGGUAGGAGGGAAAUGGUCAUCCUCGGCACCAUGUAUGCCGGGGAAAUGAAGAAAGGUCUUUUCAGUGUCAUGCAUUAUCUUAUGCCUAAGCGGCAAAUCCUAUCCCUACAUUCUGGCUGCAAUAUGGGGAAAGAUGGAGAUGUUGCACUCUUCUUUGGAUUGUCAGGUACUGGGAAGACAACUCUGUCUACUGAUCACAAUAGAUACCUUAUUGGAGAUGAUGAACACUGUUGGACUGAGAACGGUGUAUCAAAUAUAGAAGGUGGUUGCUAUGCCAAGUGUAUUGAUCUUGCGAGGGAGAAAGAACCUGAUAUUUGGAAUGCCAUCAAGUUUGGUGCUGUGUUGGAAAAUAUUGUGUUUGAUGAGCAUACUCGAGAAGUAGAUUACUCUGACAAAUCUGUUACAGAGAAUACUCGGGCAGCUUACCCUAUUGAAUACAUUCCCAAUGCAAAAAUACCAUGUGUUGGACCUCAUCCAAAGAAUGUAAUACUCUUAGCAUGUGAUGCAUUUGGUGUGCUCCCACCGGUGAGCAAGUUAAACCUUGCACAGACCAUGUAUCAUUUCAUCAGCGGCUAUACUGCUCUGGUUGCCGGAACUGAAGAGGGCAUUAAGGAGCCACAAGCAACAUUCUCGGCUUGCUUUGGUGCUGCAUUUAUAAUGUUGCAUCCAACGAAGUAUGCAGCAAUGCUUGCUCAGAAAAUGCAGCAACAUGGUGCAACUGGAUGGCUGGUGAACACUGGCUGGUCUGGUGGAAGGUAUGGAUCGGGAAAGCGCAUUAAGCUACCUUACACCCGGAAAAUCAUUGAUGCCAUACACUCUGGCAGCCUCUUGAAUGCAAAUUACAAGAAGACUGAAGUGUUCGGACUUGAGAUUCCCACUGAGAUUGAGGGGGUGCCUUCAGAGAUACUGGAUCCAGUGAACACUUGGUCAGAUAAGAAAGCAUACCAGGAAACACUGCUCAAGUUGGCUGGCCUAUUCAAAAACAACUUCGAGACAUUCACAAACUACAAGAUUGGCAAGGACAACAAGCUGACUGAAGACAUCCUCGCGGCAGGUCCGAACUUCUAGUGAAGUUUUGGGAGUUGAAGUGGCAAAUAAGAUUGAGGAGCAGUCAUUUUAUUUUUCCUUUUCCAUUUGGGUGAAAUGAUUCUUUGUUCAAUAGGAGCAAUUGUGUCAUUGUUCAGUACUUUUAGCAAAGUGAUCCUCUGUAGCUCCAGAUUUCUGAUAUAGUAUAAUGAAAGAUCGUUCCUUAUGUCUU